ACAACAGUGUGACGAACAUUAUCCUUCCUGCAGCAAUUGCAAGCGCCGUCGCGAACAUUGCUCUUAUAACGUCUCAUCAAACGGCCAUGGCGGUGAUACGCCUGAACCGAGCUCACACGAAAGCCAUAGCAGUACUAUCGCAGCCUUGCAGCUCCUGCAUAUUUCUCAACUCGAGCUGAUGCAUCAGUACACCACGUCCACAUAUGCGACGCUGGUAAAAUUACCUCGCGACCAGAACCUCGCGCAGAUCGAAAUUCCAAGAAUGGCCAUCCAAUAUCACUCCCUUCUCGACGCCCUCUUCUGUCUAACCUCUCUCCACCUCGCAUCCGAGCGUCCCUUGGAAGCCGUUCGGCUUGCUAAUGAAGCCGUACGCUACCAAACCUCCGCAUUGGGCGCUUGCCGAGAGGGCCUAAGUAACCUCACAGCGAGCGGCCCCCAAUGCCGUGCCAUGUUCCACAGCUCCGCGUUCCUCGGAGUCAGUGCAAUGGCUCUCCAUUGUAUCCGCGCUCGUUUCAAUGCCGCACCGCGUCCAUCGGAGACACUCCUCGAAUCAGCCGAGCUAUGGAGAGGCACCGGCCUGAUGCUCCACACCGCUCAAAAGAUGCUCGAUCCCGAAACAUUCAACUCCUUUUUCCCGUUGCCGGACUGGUUCACGCUCAUCGGCGCCGUCCGCGACGAAAAUGCACCCGCGCAGGAAAUGCUAGAGAGACUGCGCACGCGGGUGCGCCUAUUCGACCCAUCCACCGAUCUCACCUUCCAAUAUCCUCCCACGCCCACGCCGUCCCCGGGAGCCACGGGAGAGGCCAAUCACCAGAGCCCGGAAAGUUCCGCCAUGAGUAACGCAUCCUCGCCCCCCGCCCUCACGCCGAAACGCGAGCAAGAAGAGCGCAUACCCGCCUACCUCAACGUCCUGGAUAAACUCAGUAAACUGUUCCACGUGCGGGACCCGGAGACUCCCGCGAUCCUCAACAUCCUCAUCGAAAUCUCGCCCGUAUUCCUCCAUGACCUCGUGGCGGGAGCACCAUUGGCUUCGGCUAUUGGUCUGAUGUACACGGUAUUGAUGCGUACCCUUGAAGCGCAUUGGUGGUCGAAAGAUUAUCAACAGCAGUUGAAGGCGGAGCUGGCGUCGUAUAUCCCUCCUGGCGAUGUCGAGUUGAUGGCGAUUGCGGUGUGGGCGGAGGCGUGAGCUAGAUGUGGUACUGGAGUCCACAAUUUUCUGGCGCGAAUAAGGCUCGAGCGGUGGCAAUGUAUCGGGUGUGUGUGUGAAUUCCAAAUUGGUCUCGACGACUUCGCUUUGAGGAACUCACAAACAUCAAGUCAAGUCUAGGAAAGCUCGGCUUUUUCCAGCACUUGAAUCUGCCUCAAAGAACACACCAGCGCACGCUUCAAGCCGGCAUGACUUGGGAGUAUCCCUGCAAAGAACGAUGAAUGUCGUCACAUCCCGUUUCGGUGCCAGCCAGGAGUUGGUCUGGGAAUAAAGAAGCAGCCGAUGAGCUUCAACCACAA